UCCAAGUCAGAAAAGAGGUUUAACAAAUCUAACAAAAAGCCGUCUUAAUAGGUCCGUGUACAUACUAGUAUGGAGCUGUUCCUCGGCGGGUAGAUUUUUACCUGUACUGGGUAUAAAUGAUCAAAACGGACAUUACUUGAAGAUUUUUUUUUUGAAGUUUCACCGAAGAUUUCAAUAUGGCAAUUCCAAAGCUUGGAGCUGUCACUUUCUUCGACAAGUUUCUCGGGUUUAUGUUCAUCCGUAAAUCUGGUAGAGUCGACGAGAAUUUUAUAGACCGUACCAACAGAUAUUACACAGUAAUGUUCCUCUCCUUCUACAAUCUAUAUCUGAUGACUGACGACUACAUCGGGGACCCGAUUUACUGCUGGUGCCCGGAUGAGUUCACGGAACAGGAAGUGAAAUAUGUACACGACCUUUGUUAUGUAUCGAACACAUACUACAUCCCGUUCAAUCGGCAAAUUCCGUCAAACUUCGAGCUUCGUCGUGAAGAAUCGGAUGAACUCGUGUAUUACCAAUGGGUUCCAGUAAUGUUGUUUUUCAUGGCAUUUCUAUUUUUCUUUCCUCGUCUAGUGUGGAAGAUGUUGAUGCUUAAGGCUGGAAUGGAGCUUAAGAAAAUGUGUCUGGCCGCCAAAGGAACCAUUGAUGUUUCUCCCGAGCAACGAGAAAAGGGUUUGACCAUAAUCGCUAAAUACAUCGACAUAUUUUGUGCUAACAUUAGCCGUUUUCGGGGAGGCCCAUGCACAUCCUUGAGAGAGCGAGCUAGCAAACAUUUCAUCUUAGGCUGUGGACGACAUUAUGGGAAUUACUUCAUCUCGUGUAAAAUUUUUAUUCGGUUUCUUUAUUUUUGUAUUAGUUUUGGACUUCUUUUUUUCCUCAACGAAUUUCUGGGAAACAAAUUCUACAUUUAUGGUUACGAAGUGAUCAAUGCAUUUCUAAGAGGCGAUGAUUGGACAAUGACGACGCGAUUUCCGCGACAGACAUUAUGCGAUUUCGAUCUCCGACAGUUAAACAAUGUCCACAGAUGGACGCUACAGUGCGUUCUCCCAAUGAACUUGUUCAACGAGAAGUUCUUCAUUUUUCUCUGGUUUUGGUGUACAAUGCUUUCUGUUUUAAAUAUCUUAAACGUAUGUGCAACACUCUCUGUUGCUGUUUUUCCAUUCCAGCGGCAAAGCUUCAUAAAGAAAUAUUUACAAAUGGCUGGAAUAUACGAGAAAGACCAUCUACAGAAAACGAGAAUCAAUCUAUUUAUACAUGGGCAUUUAAAGCAAGAUGGCGUUUAUAUUUUAAAGCAGAUUUCAGACAAUGCCAAUACUGUUAUUGUUCAGGACAUAAUUGAGAAAAUGUGGAAACUAUUCCUUGUGCGUUACGAUCGUGCCGGACCCGUAAACGGUGAGGUAAGGGCUCAUGAGAACGGCUUGUCUGGGAAAGAAGAAAUGCCUGAUGACGUCAUCACAGCUACGACGCCAUUGUUAGAGAGAAACGGGAUUCUGAAACAUAUUCAGGAGGACGAAAAAGCGAACCAAAACAACAAUGUCGAUAGACACGUGUCGUUUGAUGAUUCAGACGGACUAUUUACCGAGUCGGAAGUGUGACAGAAAGUGGAUUAAACACGUGUCGUUUGAUGAUCCAAAUGGACUAUUUACCGAGUCGGAAGUGUGACAGGAAGUGGAUUUAUCACGUGUUGUUUGAUGAUCCAAAUGGACUAUUUACUGAGUCGGAAGUGUGACAGGAAGUGGAUUUAACACGUGUCGUUUGAUUAUCCAAAUCGACUAUUUACCGGGUCGGAAGUGUGACGUACAGGAAGUGGAUUUAACAAGUGUUGUUUGAUGAUCCAAACGGACUAUCUACCGAGUCGGAAAUGUGACAGGAAGUGGAUUUAACAAGUGUCGUUUGAUAAUCCAAUGGGACUAUUUACAGAGUCGGAAGUGUGACAAGUAUACUGACCUUCAAAUUGCUACUCCGACAAGGUCCUACUAAUGAAAGGGUCGUUGGAACUGAACAGUUACUGUUACUGUUUUUCAAGGUAUGACUUUUAGCCACCCGAAGCUCUCCCUGACCAAAGUGAGGUACAUUUUAACCACACAGGUGACUCAAUUAUAGCAUUAGCUCAAUUUGUUCACAACAUAUUAAAUCAACUCGAAAUCUGACAAAAUUUCUCAAAACAUGUUGGAACUGUCUAUCGAGAUAAUAACUGAUGAAGUGGUUGUCUUUUCCUAAAAAUGUGCUGUUUGUAUGUUGUAGUAGUUACAGGCAUCAGUGCUUACAAUAUUAUGUAAAUAAGAAAAUACAUAGGAAAACAACAAAUCUAAUUCAAUACGUCUUCUCGGAAGGAUUCUAUAUAAACAGUUAGAUUACGGCUGUGAAUUGUGGGAUACGAUUCCGAUACCAUGAUAGACUGGACUGACUGUAUACAGUUUCUGAAUUGUGUUAAAAUUAAGUGUGAAUAAUUACACAUUGGGUGGUUCGCAUUAAUUUGUGAAAAUUCAUAUAGAUCACUUGGAAAGACAUUUCUUGAUAUAUAAAGAUAUGUAUGUGAUAUUGUCAAGAUAAACGAUAACACAAUGCCGGUGUCAAGGGGAUGUUGACACUCUGACAAAGUCCGACCCCUCCGUCCUACAGAUCGACUUGUCAGAUGUAUAUUGGUGGGAGUUUAUCAAACGUUUAUUGGCCCACCAAGAGUUACCUUGUCAAAAUAAAUCUUUGAUUAGAUUCAUGUCUGUUUUACUUCACCUUAAGAUUUUUUGAGAUGUUACAAUUAUAACUGAAGACAUCAUUAAAACAUUAUCGCCCGUUAAGUAUGUAUGGCAGGGUGUGUGAGUCAGUGUAUGAGUUAGAAUGUUUCUUUUUUAAUCAAGAUAGUGCUCAGGAAAACUCCACAUUUUGUCACUUUAUACAAAAGAUUCUAAAACACUUCCAGUAUUGUCUAAAAAUGUGAGAGCAUAUUCUCAUCAAUUAAAACAUUUACCAUGGAAUUAGUCCUUGUCUUUAUAUCUAGACAUACAGUUUUGUUUACAAUAUUUGCGAGUUAUAUUAACCUAAUCCGAUUAAAUAUUAAUUGGUGCAUGAUAGCAGUAAUAAAUCUACAUGCGAGUCACGAGUAAUGUACUCAUAGAAUGUUGUUGGGACUAGAAAAUUUCUGGAAAUACUUAAAUCUAAAAUUGUGGGACUCAUUGUUUUAGUAAUACAGUUGAAAAGGACUCGAGAAAAUAAAGUGAAGAUUUAUCACUGCAUGGUUUAAUAUAGCUAAAACUGGUGUUCUCUACUUUGCCACAUUGCUGCAUGUUGUGUGUAUAUAUCAGUUUCGCUGUAAAAUGGAUGUUAGGUCUGGCGGAAUGAUUAAACUAAAGUUUCCUUAUCGUUAAAUUAAUUUUAAUUUUAGUUCCUCAAUAAACAUCGAAAAUAAAACAUAAAUGUCAGAUGCCAAAAACAUAUAAACAAAGUAUUCUUAUAUUUUAUUCUAUCAGAGACUUAAUCUAUCUUGUUUGUAUAAAAACUAUAUAAAGACUUUUUUCAAGACUUUAAACGAUCCUAUAAGACGUACAUGGUUUUAAAUCUAUCUAUUCUGGUCAUUGAAGUAAUUGUUUAAGAGAUCUUAGUACAACUCGUUACGGUAUUAACAUGUACAUGAAUUUAAUAUUAGUUAAGACAAUUUUUUAAAGUAUAUUAUUUUAUAUUACUGACAUAGAAGAGCUCCAUACCAGACUUUUUCUUUUGUCCCGUAUUGCCCUUUAAUUGUGAUUUGAUUUCAAAUGUGUAUAUUAUAUUUGUUAUCUGUUUGAUAUGCAAUUUCAUUAUUGAUAUAUUCAAAAUCAUGUCACACUACACAUAGGAAUAUGAACGUAGUUUGAGAUCAGUGUCAUUUUGAGUUUCCAAUCUAGAGAAGCAAACAUUUAGGUGACUCGAGGCUGUUCCAGGAAUGACGUCAGCUAUCGAGACCGAUACAGAUACGCACUGAACUUAAUUUUGUUUUUAAACAUCUAUAUCGGUAUCACAUAACACGAAUCUGAUAGAUCUAUCAGCUGGCUUCAUACAAUAUCAGAAUAAGGUUCAUACAGACUUAAACAUUUGUGAUAUUUUUGAUAAGUGUUUAUUGCGGUUUGUUUAUUUACAAUUUUUGUUUACUUGUGGUAAAUAUUUAUUUGUGAUAAGUGCUUA